AUGCCCCCACGAAAGCCGAUCCAACAAGCACGACGCACGUCAAACAAGAAAAAAGAACCACCACGACCAAAAAAAAACUCCAACAUCAACACAUCAGGUCGCAACAUUGCGACCCAACUCGGUCUACCUGAAGAUCGGCCAGAAACUCCCGAACGCCACAGUCACUUCCAAUACCCUCAGCAACACAACCACAACCCCCCCCCCCCCCUCCCCCAGCCCAAUGAUUACCCCCCACAGCCUCCAGGGCAUCAUCAGCCCAACCUUUACCAGUUCAUCGAUCACCCUCUGCAGCUCAAUCACCCUCUGCAGCCCAAUCACCCUCUGCAGCCCAUCAAUUACCCCCCGCAGCCCAUCAAUUACCCCCUGCAGCCUCAAGGGCACCAAGAGCCUGACUUUUACAAUGAUUACCCCCUGCAGCCCCAACAGCAUCAGCAAGACGACUUCUACCCACAGCAGCCUCAACCUGAUGUAUUGCCCGACAAGCAGCAAAACCCACCGGACUUCUUUCACGAGCCUCAACAGCAUCAGCAGCAUGACUUCUACCCACAGCAGCCUCCACCUGAUGUCUUCCCCGAUGAGCAGCAGGACCCGCCGGACUUCUUUCAAGACCUUCAAUAUGACGAAUUCUUUCUGUUCGGAGGCUCUGGCGUCCCACACUAUAUGCGGUGGGAUCUUGGAACCGCCGCUGCACCACAUACACCAGCACCAGCACCAGUGCCAGCGCCAACAUCAGCGCCAGCAGUCGUCGGUGUGGUGUUGGCCCGUGAGCAAGAAGGAGAGCGAGGUGAAUUUACCCAUGGAGUGAUACAUACGCUGGAGAUGGAGCGUCCAGUCGGUCGUCAACGCGCCAUCGACCACCAUCUCCCUCCUACCCCAGCUCCUGGACCAGCACAACUAACGAUACCGGCCUCUGCCAUCACUCCUGCAGCCACUCCCCCAGCCGUCACAGCCCUAGUCAAGCUCAAAAAAAAGGAAAUCAAGACAAUCAAGACUAGGGCAAGGACGAACCUCCGUCGCACAAUGCUGAUUGAUUUGAUCGGCGAUGUUCCGUACAAAAAAUUUGAGACACCGAAGGUACAUGAAGAAAUGGUGACGUCGAUGUCACAUACUCGGAGACUCUUCAAAACAUAUGCCUCCCACAACAUUCUCAACACCCUCAAUCUGCGCCUCCCGCCUGCAGAAAGGGCUAACGUAGUACAAGGCUAUCUCUCUGGACUGAACUUCCUGCACAAAGUUGAAACGGUUGACAGAAUCGAAGUCACACAUUUUCUGGAGGCCGACUACCUUAUCGACAUGAUCGUUGACGUUGUGUGGCAAGAAGGGCUCUAUGUCAACAUCGACACUGAGAGACUCGACUGCGUGUUCGGCCUUGCAGGAGCCGCAGUUCACAACGCCCUCAAGGCAUAUUGUGAGGGCACAUACGAAAAUGUCGAUGCAUCUGCUGAACAAUUCUACGACACUUACAGUUCGAUUAUAGCGUUGAUCAACAGGAUAAGGCUUGAUGAUGUGUUGAGGGAGAGGUACGAAUCUUUGUGUAAAUUGAUCAUCAGGCGUGGAGAGGCAGAUAUUGGGCUUUAG